UCUCAAGUGGGGCGCCUGCCAGACACUAGCAUGGGAGUUGAACCCCUGCGGAUGCUCUUCUCGGCCAAGGGCUUUUACGACAAGGACAUCGUGGCCCUGUCGGCGGCGCAUGCUCUGAGCAGGUCUGGAUGGGGCGUUCUAUCUCCAGAGCCGCGCUUCGACAAUUCAUAUUUCAAGAGCCUGCUGCAGAGGUUCGUCACCGAGCGCCUGCAGAACAGCCCAGAGGGCAGGUGCCCCAUCUCCCACGUGAUCAUGGGGGAAUCCGACCUGGCGCUGGUGAGGGACGCCAGCUUCCGGGAGCACGUCGAGGCGUACGCCGGCGACCAGGGCGCCUUCUUCCAGGAGCCGCGAGGGCCGGCGCCCGGCCGCCGGGGGCCCCCGCCCCGCGCAUCUGUCAGGAGGGGAAAAAACACGA